CUCUUUAGUCUCUAUUUGUUAAAACCUAACUUGCCUUUCAGGAUUUUGUUGAUAUCAGGAAUCUCAGCCUGGUUUACACUCUUGCUGGAGGUAAGAAAUGUGUAGCUUCUUUUGAGUGAAGAAAUAGAACAUAUUGAUUUUUCAUCCGCUUCUUUGUGGAAGUAGCGACUGGUAGUUGUUAAUCUUCAUUUGUAAAACAUGUAGAGGGCAUAUGGUACUCUAUCAUAUGUGAAUGAAGGACUUGAGACUGCAAGAGACAUUGUAAACCUUCGAAGGCCAUGGCUGAUGAUUAGUGUCAAUGAUGAUAAAGAUCUUCACUUUCGAUCUCUGCAAUGUCUUCUCUACAGAAUUUGAUCAAGAAGACUGUCCAACAGACUGUUCAAGGCCCUGUGAAAAUGUGUGCCCUGCUAAUGCAAUAUCAUUGCAGGAGAAUACAGGACUAGGAAGUCCUUAUGAAAUCCAAAUACCAAGAGAUGGAGUUAUAACUGAACGCUGCUAUGGCUGUGGUCGCUGUUUCCCAGUUUGCCCCUAUGAUAAAAUAAGAGAGGUAACAUAUGUAAGAGAUGCUAUUACAACUGCUGAUCUCAUGAAAAGAGAUGAUGUGGAUGCUAUAGAAAUACAUACAAGUGGGAGGCAGACUACACCCUUCAGGGAACUAUGGACUGCUCUGGGAGAUUCAGUAAAAUAUAUGAAACUAAUAGCACCUCCGGGUUUCUGGGUUAGCUUACCAAAUGGGGGGAACUCAACAAUAUCCUCCAUGAAUGAAAUGUUUUCUACCAUGAAACCUAAUCUUCAAUGCUUCAACUUAUGUCAGUUGGAUGGCCGUCCCAUGAGUGGCGAUAUUGGGAGAGAAGCAACUAAGGAGACUGUUGCCUUUGCUGUUCAAAUGGCUGAUGCAAGAGAUGACUCAAUGCCAGGCUUCCUUCAACUGGCUGGUGGAACUAAUGCUCACACGGUAGAUGGGUUGAAGAAAGAAGGCCUUUUCCAAACAACCAUUGUUACCAAGAAUUCAGAUUAUGCAACCUCAAGAGCAGGGUCAGCUGAUUCAUCCCAUGCUUUAAUCGGUGGUGUAGCUCAUGGGGGCUAUGCACGUAAGAUCGUAGGAAGAGCAAUGAGAGCCAUGCAAUCCCAACAUGGUGUAGUUGCUCGUAUUGAGGAUCAUCCACACCAUCUCUUGCUGGCUCUUAAGGAAACCCUUGCUUUGGUUGGACCUUUUAAAUGUCAAUAAUCAAUGAGCAUAUCACAAAAAUACAAAGAGCACUCGCACCCAAAUUCUGUGUUCUGCAUACAGUUGGCUACAGGUCGUUUCAUGGGGCUACUACGUAUAUUUAUGAUAGGAUUGAAAAUAUGGCCCAAAACCUGGCCCAGAAUUUGUUAUGUUGUAUCUCGUUAGUACAAUUCAUAAAAGGGAACAUCCAAGUGUCAAAUAUGCAGUUGGAAAUUGUAGUUGCAGGCAACAGUUGAUUAGAUAUUGAAGGAUAGAAAUAGGAAUUUCAUAUGUUAUUUAAGUGGCGAUCAACUCUUAAAUAAUGAUUUCUGUGAGAAGUUAGCUCAAACGCAUUGGCGAUGAUGCUUAUACAAAAUGAAGCAAUUAGAUCUUUAACUAA